AUGACUUAUCAGCAGCCUCUUCCAUGUAACAUCGCUGUAAGCGACCGCUACCUGUCUGCUCCCACCGUGCGACUAUUGUACCCUCCCCACGCCACCUCCGCGGCGCUAUCGACUCAUUCUCCAUCAUUCUGCUCCCCCAAAAGCAACCCGUUACCCCCGUUUGCCCCCGUUGACCGGUGCUGGCCGCUAACACUUGUAUACACUACACUCUCACUCUACACUGAUGCACCGCCUACUCUGGCCACAAAAGUCGCUCUCAUGUGUGCCGUGUCGUAUGACUUGCACAUAUAUUUGCACCAAUCCACGUGGUGGUCGAGUAGGCCACAGCCCUACCUACGGCCUUCUGCUACCACCAAGUACGCUAGACUACUGGCUGAAAAGAGUAAUUUUGCUUUGGGCAAACAAGAUGGCUCCGGUGACGUAAAAUCCUCCAUCGAGCCGUCUGGACUCUGGCCCCGGCCAUUCCCCUCGCUUGGAAAGCCCAUCCGCUGCCAAUCCCGUUGA